AUGAGGUUUUCUACUCUCAGCUUCCUCGCCGGCCUCAUAGCCUCAGCCAUCUCCCAGAAUGUUCCGAAUGUGCUGAUAUUUGGCUGGGCCGGCAGUAAAGAAGAUCAAGCAGCGACCCAGCUUGGCUACAACACGACCAUCGUUACGGAAAGUGAAUGGGCUAACAUGACCACCCUUGACUUCGCACGUUAUGAUGCCGUCGUCGUGCCUGACCUCAACACCGACUACAUUACCAGUCUCAAGUUUCUCGAGGAUUCCAAAGACGCGUGGAGUCCGGCCAUCACUGGCAGUAUGAUCAUCAUCGGCGGUGACCCAGUAAAUCACUUCAGCACCGGCGGAGCCUCAACACUCAUCAGCAACGCAAUCCGCUUCGCCACCGUCGGCCACUCCUCGCAAGAGACAACAGGGUUAUACCUCGCCCUCUCCCGCUGCUACAACAACGUCAACGUCACCACCGUCGACGCCCUCAGCUACUUCGGCACUUUCACCAUCCGCGGCGGCCUCUCCUGCUAUGACAAAGCUCACCUCGUCGCCUCCAGCCCCGCACUAGACUCCCUCUCCGACGCCGCGCUGUCAAACUGGGGGUGCAGCGUGCACGAAGCGUUCUCCUUGUUCCCGACCACUGGACUCAAAGGCUUCCAGGCGCUCGCCAUUGCGCAGGAUGUUCUUGGCGAAGGCUCACAGAGGUUUGGCGAUGGAUCGGUUGGUCUGCCGUACAUCAUCUCGCAUGGAGCUACGCCUGCGGCUUGCGGCGAUGGACUUUGGGAUGAACUCUACGGCGAAGAGUGCGACGACUCCAACACUCUUGAUGGGGAUGGCUGUUCAUCGAGCUGUAAGUGCGAGAGCGGUAUACCGAAUGGCGAUGGCACUUGUUUUGAUCCGCCGAUCAGCAGUGCGUAUCUGCCUCCACCCUCAUACUCUACACAGCCUUACGGCCCGUAUCCAACUGAAUCAUAUGGUCCUCUGCCUUCGUACAGCAAUUAUGGCGCCGCGCCUGCGACUACGUUGACGAGUAGCUACGCAAUGUACCGCAGGCGCUCCUCCUGA